AUGGAACCAGGAAAUCAAACAUGUGCUUCAGAAUUUCUCCUCCUGGGAUUUUCAGCAAAGUCAGAGAUUCAGUUUCUUCUCUUUGGGCUAUUCCUCUCCUUGUACCUGGUGAUGUUCAUUGGGAACCUGCUCAUCAUCCUGGCCGUCAGCUCAGACUCCCACCUCCACACUCCCAUGUACUUCUUCCUCUCCAAUCUGUCCUUUGCUGACAUCUGUUUUGCCUCCACCACCAUCCCAAAAAUGCUGGUGAACAUCCAGACACAGAGCAAAGUCAUAACCUAUGCAGGCUGCCUCAGCCAGAUUUUUUUUUUCAUUGUGUUUGGAUGCUUGGACAAUUUACUCCUGACUGUCAUGGCCUAUGACCGAUUUGUAGCCAUCUGUCACCCUCUGCACUACACAGUCAUCAUGAACCCUCGUCUCUGUGGGCUGCUGGCCCUGGGGUCCUGGUGCAUCAGUGUCAUGGGUUCCCUGCUUGAGACCUUGACUGUUUUGAGGCUAUCUUUCUGCACAAACAGGGAAAUCCCACACUUUUUUUGUGACCUUCCUGAAGUACUGAAACUCUCCUGUUCCAACACCCUUGUCAAUAACAUAGUGGUGUAUUUUACAACUAGCCUUCUGGCCAUGAUUCCUUUCAAUGGAAUUAUUUUCUCUUACUAUCAAAUUGUUUCCUCCAUCCUAAGGAUUUCCUCAGCUGGGGGCAAGUACAAAGCCUUCUCCACCUGUGGGUCUCACCUGUUGGUGGUCUCCUUGUUCUAUGGAACAGGCCUUGGGGUCUACCUCAGUUCGGCAGCCACUUCAUCCUCUAGGACAAGUCUGGUAGCCUCGGUGAUGUACACUGUGGUCACCCCCAUGCUGAACCCCUUCAUCUACAGUCUGAGGAACAGAGACAUAAAAGGGGCCCUGGGGAAACUCCUUGUCAAGAUGGGGACUCUCAAGGACAGAGAUGUUGUAGGGCUCUCAUGA